CUCGAGACUGCUGUCGCUGGCUUUGGCGUCGCUCGAACAGGGCACACCACCACCUCUUUCUCUACAGCAACAACCUGCCAGCCUGUGGCUCCAUUUUUGGUUUCUUGUACACUUCUUCCUACAUCCUCCUGGAAUAUCUCACUCGCGAGUCCCCCCAUCGCCAUUGGCACCGCAGCCAAGAGAAAGAUCAUAGCCGCUUGCAGCCGCGUGGCAGACGCUUCCACGCUCCUCACCAGCACAGCACGGCGUCAUUCUCAACGGGCAGCCGCGAUUGUCCCACUAGCGAUAACGACCAUUCUGCCAUUCCCACCACCAUCCAGCAGUAUCUGCUCUCCCGACAUCGCAUACGACAGUCACGCCGACCGACGUCACGCCCGCAUCUAACACUCACUCUCUCCUUUGACCUACCUGUACCUGCGCCUGCACUCGACCACUCGUGCCGGACUCCGGACGAACUGGCCGACUUGUAGACAUACCGAACGCUCGUGAUCGCUCUUCAAUAUCUCACUACUGGCCUGGUCGGUCCCCUUGACUCCCAGCAGGAGCGUAUGAGCGCCAGGGUAGCAUUUCACGAACGCUUGGGCAACUGCCCGCCAUCUUGCAAUGUCUUCUCCAGAGCAGAAUACGCCCGCCCAUGCACUCACUAGCAAUGCCUCUGCUCCGCCCAGGCGAUUCACGCCUGUGCCCAUAGAGACUACCACCAAAUCAUCGAGGACACGCAAGCACUCGCCAGAAAAGGAGGAAGCUCCAAAGAUUAGGCGCUUUGCACCGCAGCCAAUUGAGACAUCUACAAAGUCAUCUCGUGCGAAAGACGCGGCACCAGUAGCAGAGCAAAAGCCAGCAGUGCGUCGAUUUGCACCGCAGCCAAUCGAGACAUCUACAAAGUCAUCUCGUGCGAAAGAAGCGGCGCCCGCGGAAGAGCAAAAGCCAGCAGUGCGUCGAUUUGCGCCACAGCCGAUCGAAACUACGCAAAAGAGCAGCAAAGACAAAUCUCAGGCUUCGUCGGGGCACAUUCGUUUCUCACCGCAACUCGUGGAAACGACUUAUGGGGGAAAUAGGAAGUCUAGUAGCCGUGCCGGCAGCCGGAAUCCUAGCCAGGACAGUGACGGUGCGUCUACAGUGGCAUCAGAAGAAGCGACUCCUAGAAAGUUCACUCCGGUGGUCCUGUCCACCGCCAGACGAUCUCGCAGAGCGGGCGACUCGAACGCAGCUAACUACCAGGACUACAAAACUGAGGAAGGCCAUGUAAUUCAUGCUCGCGAGCAUCAGCGUCAUGCGGGUUGGAAAACUCCCGAUCAGAUUUCGCAGGCGUCAAGCGAUAAACACCCUCACAUGUCGCUCGAAGAUCUUGACGCUCAUCCUGAGCUGAGGAGACAGACGUGCAACGCGGAUGGGAGUGUGUCGCACAGACCUGGCCUGAUCGUAAACGAGCGCAAACAUUCAUUCCGAUGUCCAGAGCUGGAUACCAUCGAGAGUUCGGAAAGUGAGCGUGAUUCUGGCCAUUCGUCCGUGUCCGCCUCUCCAGAACGAGGCUCACCAAUUACUGGUUCUGAUUCCUCAUUCAACGAGUUUUACAAGCAUGCGACAAGAAUACGUGAGAGUGUGGACGAGAACUUCAGCCAUUAUUUGCUGCAACUCGAGGCAAAGAAGGCCAAACAGCGAUUGCAGGAGGCUGCAUUGGCUGCAUUCCCCAAUUCCGACUUUCAUGAGCCCGUUCAGCAUUAUGUGAACGAGGAACAAGACAGCACUGGCAGCGACAUGGAAAUCGAAGACAGGCCGGUAACUUGGGCUGAAUUUGAUGAGGAAGAGUUUCUGUCCACGCGACCUCGAUUCCGAAGGGAGAGCACGGGUCGAGUCCCGUGGGAGCAACUCGAGAUGCAACGCCACGCCGAGCAAAUGGAGCAAGAACGCAAUGCCAACCGACCGACUGAAAAGAAGAAAGAAUCGCACUCACCUUGGUGGAACCCAGCUGCUGGGGCCGCCUUUAAUCAACCAGAUAAUGAAAUGCGCUCGAUGCGCGAUCGUGCUCGUCCGCCGAUGCUGGGAAAUGACUUGGUGUUCCCGCGGUGUCCGUCACCUGAGCCAGCCCGCUUCGACGUGACCCAAGGGUCUGCCCAGCUGAGACAACAAAUGUGCUAUCUCAGCCAACAGUCUGAAAGCGAAAGUCAGAAGGGCGCUGGCGGUCUUUGGACUGCACCUGCAACAAAAUCAGACCAGAGCGUCUCGUCUGCAGCGGCUAAGAGUCCUGCUAAGAGCAACACUCCUGGAAAAGGUCUUUGGGGGGGCUUCUGUGUUGGACUUGAAGAAAACGCUGCCGCAAAUGGUCUUUCACCACCUGCUGGACCUACUGGACUUAUGACACCAGCACCCCGUGCGGAGAACGUCAACCCAUUUGAACAGUCCUUUGGAGGUCGUAACGGUGGAGUCUCCGUCGCACCACCAACACCUCCCGAAAGUGUCGACAUGAACCGUCUCGACGCUAUGCUCAUGUCGGAGAAGCAGAUGGAGGAACAGAUUGAGAAUGAGUUCCCAGAUGAAUUCGUUACUCAGGUGUACAAUUAUCUUUCACUGGGAUACCCAUCUCUUGCACGACCUUUCGACGAAGAGCUGUCCAAAAUCUCAGGACUACCGGUGAAAGAACUUCGAGAAGACGACAUCAAGGCCAAGCAGAGUCCCAAAGGUUACAUUCGUCUUGGUCCCGACUUUGAGGGAGGCGGUGGUAUUUUGAAAGCUUCCGACUGCAGGCGCUGGCAAGCACUGAAAUUAUAUGUCCAUGAAUGGGCGAGGCAAGAGAAGAACAUGGUUCCGGCUGAUGCCACAGGAGGCAACUGGGCUACGGUGAACAGGAGAGGAUCUUGGGCCAUUUAAACGGAUGGGUCCUGGUAUUUGAUGCGUUUUGAGUACAGCGUUAGUAUGCACAGCAGCAGCGUGGCGUUACACGAUGGGAUUGAAGAAUCGGCAGGCGAGCACACAUGGGUUGGCUGGAGACCGCCGAACUUCCGUUUUUUUUCCCUCACUAUUCUACUGCAUGCUCUCGAGCGAGCAAGAUCAUGAACCAAGUCGUCGUCAGGGUAGAAGGAAUUGAAAUCAGAUCAGCAUGCAGCUUUUUCGACAGAUAUCCACGAUAACGUGCACAUUCAUCUAUUC